UAGAGCAAACUCCUCAGAAAACACCUUUUAUAUCGGUGGAAACGACAUAGAUAGAGAAGGAGAUUGGAAAUGGCAGGAUAGUACUAAUGUAAUAAUGAGAGGAGAAACGGGAUAUCAAAACUGGAAAUGGAAUCAGCCAAACGGUGGGACGCCAAGCAAUAGCGUUGAUGAAAAUUGUUUGUCAGUUGGAAGAGAAACGUAUGAGUGGGUUGAUGUAUCUUGUGGUGGAAACUUCUACUACAUUUGCCAGAAAGAAUUUCAGGGCCCUUUUGUUGGAAUACUGAGCCUCAACGAAAACCAAAGAAUGUGUACUUCAAUAAACUGUAGCAAAGCAACACAAGUCGAAUGGCACAAAGUAUCUGACAAAGUAGCAACCGAAGCUACAAGCAGAGUUUAUCAAACGAUACAAACUGGAUCAGCAACAUUGAAUCUUCAAAACGCAAAUAUAGCAGAUGAUGGGUCUUAUAGUUGUCGUUUUCGAAUUGGUAAAGCUUGGAGUUCUACAACGGUAUCCUAUGAAGGUAAAUAUAAAUAUUUAUUUUUACUUAUGUUUGUAAUCUUUGCCUAUUAA